AUCAUCGCUGCCCGUGCGCCCCGCGGGCUCCCCUCGCCUCGCAGCAGCCUCGCCGCUUCCCCGCGGCUCCCGGCGGCGGUUUUUAGACAACAAUGAAUGUGGAACAUGAAGUUAACCUCCUCGUCGAGGAGAUUCGACGUUUGGGAACCAAAAAUGCUGAUGGACAAGUGAGUGUGAAAUUUGGAGUGCUCUUUGCUGAUGAAAAAUGUGCCAACCUCUUUGAAGCUCUAGUGGGAACUCUUAAGGCYGCAAAACGACGAAAGGUUGUCUCUUACCAAGGGGAGCUGCUUUUACAAGGUGUUCAUGACAACGUUGAUAUUGUGCUGCUGCAGGACUGAACUAGUUUGCAUUUCUGCUGUGCGUUAAUUGAAUUGUUUCAGGCGAUGACUUACAAGAUCCUCAGAAUAAGGCUAAUGAUUCUAAUACAUUUUGAUGUAUUUUCUAUGUCUUUAUAGCCAAAAGGAAGCCAUCUUAUUUUGGAAAACAUUCCUUUUUGUAAUUCCUCAAACAGUACUGUACACAAUUAAGGUAAAAGAUGACAGAUGUUUUUUAAUCUCAGGUAAUACUCAUAAAGGUAUUUGAUAAAGGUUAUUUUCAACACAUGAAGAAGAGGAGUGAUAAUUUAAUGUUUACAAUUUAAAAUGUGCCAUGAAAGUGUAAAAUAAAAGCACAUACUUAAAUUUGUAUUACUGUUGAUAUUUGCAAACUGAAAUGAAAAUAAAUUGAAUUUC